CGGAAAACAAAGGAGAUCUUAUGGCAAAGUCCGACGCAAACAGCAACAGUUGAUGGCGGCAUCUAGAAACAAGUGUAACUGUAGCAGAGCUCGUCCGUGUAUCGCUUCCACUUGUGGAUGCAGAAAAAGAGAGUUUCGUGCAAUGCACAAUGCAAAUGUUUUUCAAAAUUAGGACUUUGUUAUAAUACAAGAGCAAAGAAACCAAUUGAAAAACAGAUAUUAAAUUCAACACCGCGUUUUACGAAAAUACAGCCAAGAUCCAAAAGAAAAAUCUCGGCAUCUUUCGGCGUUUCGAAGACAUCGAUGCCUUUCCAAGAAACUGCCAAGAGAACACGCAAGCCAGAAGCAGUACAUCGAGCGAGGAAGGGUCCAGUAUUUCUGAGUAAGAAGACAGCACAAUCAUGGAACGCUCUGCUGGGGGGCUUAAUCAACGUUGGAAAUAGUAAAUGCUGUAUUAUCAGUUUUACAGUGUGUAAAACCGGUCGUCAGUUUAAUUGAAGAGAAUAGAGAAUGUUUAACCAUGACGGCUCUUUUCAAAAUUUUUGAGUUACGAAAGCAUCG